AUGAUGAGGGAUGGGCACUCUCCAUCCUCGACAUCACUCCUGGCCGAGAGACGCAUCACUCGUGCCGCAAAGGCUCAUGCCCGCAACAAAGCUCUGCCGCGUAUUGAUACGGAGCAACUAAAGAGCUUAUCCAUACGCGAGAAGCAUGCGGUGAAGCAUGUUGCCCGCUCAUCGGAAGCGGAUGUUCGCCAGCAGCAAUUUCAAAAGUAUUGCGAGUUUCUGUGGAAGACGGGGCGUGCAUAUUUGGGCAACAAAAAGUCGCCGCACGUCAAUAUCGCGCCGGUACGGCUGCCUACAACACCAGUAUCAAGCUACGAGAGCACCAUCACCAUCUUUACAGUGGUUCAUUCUCAGGGCCACAGUCCGAUUGGGUUGCGCCGCAAGUUCGAUCGCAGCUUGCUGAAUGCCACAGUCCCAGAGCCCUCUCGCUCGCCCUCGACGCCCAACUUUAACCGCGAGGAGCUUCUCGCUGCCAUUGUAGACACAAAUAAAGCUUUGACAGCAAGGCGACUGAGAAACGGCACUAAGACUGUACCCUCAAAAAGGGACACUCGUUUGAGACGAGAUCUGGCACCAGAUGGUAUUCCUAUGCACUUUCCAUAUGCGAGAUCCUAUCUGCCAAUCCUAGCAUCCAUCAUCAUGUCAAAUCAAGUCCGUGUCGGCGACACUAUUGAGCUGCCGCUGCCAUGUCCAGAAGCAUGGGCCGAAACAGUUGCAUGGGUGUACACUGGCGAAGAGGGUCUCGUGACGGACAAAGUUCGAGAAAAUGUCCAGUAUCUUGGCGGUAGGAUAUGGUAA